AUAAAACUGCCUUCAGAGUUUGGCUUCUUAUUUUACGGCGUCCAAUCAGAAAUGAGCUUUCAUCUUUAGUUAUUGACGAUACAUGAUGUUGAGAAUUAGCGGUGUGAUCUACAAAGUCAUUCUUUGAAAUUUGGUAAAUUAAUCAACAAUUUUUGCAGGACAAGGUGUUCUGCUUAAAGAAUGGCCAAUAAGUGUGUCUAGCUGAAAGCAGAGUUACAUUAAAUGAUGGCAGACAAUUUAGAUGGAUUGUUUGACUCAGACCCGGGCUUCUUGGAAGAGCUUGCUAGUGGAACAGAUGAUGCAACUCAGUCGAUGCAGCCUGGUCAUGGUCAAAUGGGCGGCAUGAUGCAGCAGGGUCAUCCAGUACCAGGCUAUAACAUGGGCGCCAUGAAACCUGGCAGUGGCUUCCCCAACAUGCAGUAUCAGCAGCAACAGCAGCAGCCAUCGUACCCUCCACAGCAGAACUUCAGCAGUCAGUACAGCAAUCAGCAGAUGUACAGCCAGAAUAUGACAACUAGUCAGCCACAGGGCCAGAUGAACCAGAUGAUGGGCACACAGUUUGGGGGACAGCAGCCCAUGCACCAAGGUCACGGCAUGUACCCAUACAAUGGUACCAGUGCGGGACAGGCAGGGCCUCGGUUACCUAACCCUGGCCAGCAGGGAAUGGGUCAGAUGCAGAGCUGGAAUCAGAAUCCAGCAAUGUUCAACCAACAAGCGCAGCAGCAGCAGCAACAACAAUAUCUACCUCAACACGAGUAUUCCAUUCCGAAUUCCAAAAAUCAGAUGACUCAUAUGCAACCUCAGCAACAACAGCAGUUCCCUUCAACCCAGAGCCAGCCUAAUUCAGGCAUGUACAUGCAGAGAAUGGCAUCGCCAGGGCCAAUGAAUAGUAUGCCUGCCAGCCAGCCUGGGAUGCAGCAACCUAUGUAUCAGCAGCAGCGAAUGGGAGGAUCUCAGAACUACACUAAUGUAAACAUGGCUAAUUCGAACGUUGCCAAUACUGGAGGCAUGAUGAUGUCAUCCAAUCAACAACCGUAUAUACAACAGCAGCAUCAGCAGCCAAACUCCCAACAUCAGUUCCAACAGCAGUUCCCCUACCAGUCUCCCCAGCAGAUGCAGCAAGGCAACAUGGGAGAUUCUAACAUGGCCGCCCAGCAGAUGCCUCAGCAUGGUGCGAUGUACCCAAUGGGGAAUACAGUGCAGGCAAACAUGCCACCUAGGCAGAGGAUGCCUUUCAAUAACAUGGCCAAUAUGAACAAUGUUUCUCAGCCGAGAGCCAAUGUGCCAAUGCUUUCCCCCCGCCCAACCCCUCCGCCCGUUUCCCCAGGAAUGCUGUCUCCCACAGGGUCUGUCUCAUCUCUCCAAGGCAACUACAGCCAAAUCGAUGUUUCACCGAACCAACAGACUCCUCAGAUGCAGCCACUACCAGCUCCUAAGCCCAACAAAAAAGGUGAGAAAGCAAGCAAAGCAAAAGCAAGUAAAUCUAAGAAAGCAAAAGCUAAUGGGCCCCUGCCACAGCAAGGCAGCCCAGUGAAAAAUGUCCUUUCCCCUUCCGCUCCUGUAACAUCACCGACAAACGCUAAUGCUGAGAUGCAAAAUUUAAACCAGCAGAUUCAGCAACUGUACAGCAUGCCUCAGACACCAAACACACAGCAGAAAAUUGCAGAGCUUCAAGAGAAACUGCAGGCGUUGAAAUCUCAGCAGAUGCAGACUUCUCCUAGACCAGGUCAACAACAACAGCCAUUUCCUAGCAACCCAGCAGCAGGAAGUAUGCAGGGAUUAACCCUGCAAUCCCUUGAUCAACAGCCACAGUUACAGCAGAAUCUCUCCCCGACCAAGUCAGCCCAGCCCCAGUCACACUUGCAGCCGGGGAUGCAGAUGGGUUACUCGCAGGCCCAGAGUCUGACCAGCCCGCAGAUGUCUGGGCUCUCCCCUGGGGCUCAGCCGAUGCCCAUGGGUCAAGGCAACAUCCAUCAAGGUGGAGCGGCCCAGCUAAGGCCCAGCACACCUUUGCACCAAGGGCAGAUGGUCAUGCAGUCCAACUCUAACAACCAGGCUGGGGCUGCUCAGAAUAUUCUUAUCAUUCGUCCACAGUCUCAGCAACAGCAGCAGGGGGUGAUGAGAAUGCCCAGUAGCCAGCAGCACGGGGGUCCCCUGACCCACCCUGGGGCUCCAAACAUGCCCACCCUCACGUCUCUACCUCAGCCAGUGCUGAACGGCUCGGUGCAGGCUCCUCAACAGAUCAUCAUACGACAGGGCCAGCCAGGAAACCAGCCUCUCAUUAUACAGGGGUCAGGUCCAUUCCCCUGUGAACCAGACUCAACCAGUGAAACCUCAGCACAGCAGGAGAAGGCAAAUAAGAUCUGUGCUGAAGCCAUUGCGAGGGCUCAGAUGUCUGGCUCAAGUCUACCACAUGUGCUCCAACCACCAGAAUUGCCAGCAUCAUUAGGUGAGCUGGAUGGAAUGGAUGAAAAUACAGUAGAGAAGCCUAAAAAGAAAAGAAAAUACACACCAAGAAAGGAAAGAACACCAAAGGAACCAAAGGAGCCAAAGGAACCCAAAGAGAAAAAGAAGAAAAAAUCAAAGAAAGAGACAAAGUCCCCAAAAGCUGAAAAAGUGAAAGAACAGCCUGAAAUGGCAGAGGACAUUAAUGAAAUCAUGAGUAUGUCAGCUGUGGACAGCUUUACAACCAUGGCAACGGAGGAUGAUGAGGGGUCAAAACUUGAAAUUGACACAAGUGUAGCAGAAGAGAAAGAGAAAAAACCAAAGAAGAAAAAGAAAAAAGCAGAGGAUACUCCAAAAUCAGAAAAGAAAAAGCCAAAGAAACCACCAGCAACAUUUAUUAAGAGCAAGAAACGGAAGAGACAUGGUUCUUCUGAUGGGUCGGAUGUUGAAUUGAAGAUUACCCCACCACCCUCUCCAGAGAAUGAUGAUUUCAAGAGGCGGUCUGGAAGAAACGUGAAACGUAAGAAAUACAUGGAUGAUGUAGACUUGAACCUGUCAGAUGAGGACACUCUUGAUGUUGUCGGGGGCAGCAACACUGAGGGAGCCGUGGUAAAACCGGUACUGUUUGUGGAGAAUCCAACAGAAGAAGAUUCUAUAGUUGUAGACAAGAUACUUGGCUGCAGGGUUCGCAAGCCUGACCCUGAUGAAGAGGACCAAGAGGAGGUGGAAGAAUUCUUUGUGAAGUACAAGAACUUCUCCUACUUGCAUUGUGAAUGGCGAACAGAGGCUGAAAUUAAGGACAAGAGAAUACAGGGGAAAAUUAAGCGUUUUAAACAAAAGAGACAGCAUGUGGUCGACAUCUAUGAUGAGGAAGAAGAGUUGUUCAACCCAGACUAUGUCGAAGUGGACCGCGUCCUGGAGGAGUCUAAGACCAUCGACCCCAACACGGAGGAAGAGGUUACACACUACCUGGUCAAGUGGCGCUCACUGCCUUACGAAGACUCGACAUGGGAGCUACAGCAGGACGUGGACCCUGAGAAAGUGAAGAUCUUCAAGCGAGUCACCACACUGCCGCCGGAUGAUGAACGAGAGCACAAAGCUCGUCCCAAGCCAUCCGAUUGGGUUGAGUUGAAGGAAUGCCACGCAUACAAGAAUGGGAACCAGCUCCGAGAAUAUCAGCUGGAGGGAGUCAACUGGCUCACUUUCAAUUGGUAUAAAAAACAAAAUUGUAUCCUUGCUGAUGAGAUGGGCCUGGGAAAGACCAUCCAGAGUAUCACAUUCCUGCAGGAGAUGUACAACUAUGGGAUACAUGGCCCCUUCCUGGUGGUGGCGCCCCUCUCCACCAUUGCCAACUGGCAGAGGGAGUUCGAGACAUGGACCGAUAUCAACGCUAUUACAUAUCAUGGAACUUCGCCAAGUCGCUACAUGCUGCAAGAGUAUGAGAUGUAUUACCGUGACGAAGAGGGGAACAAGAUUGCAGACUACUACAAGUUCCACGCCAUCAUCACCACAUACGAAAUCAUCCUGUCUGAUUUGGAGCUCCUCCGUUCCAUUGACUGGCGAUGCAUCAUCAUCGACGAGGCCCAUAGACUAAAGAACAAGAACUGCAGCUUGAUCAAAUGUCUUCGGAUUUUUGAUUUUGAGCACAAAGUAUUGUUGUCAGGAACCCCUCUUCAAAACAAUGUAGAAGAAUUGUUCAGCUUGCUUAAUUUCCUCGAGCCAAGCCAAUUUUCAAACUCCAACAUAUUCCUUGCCGAGUUUGGAAACCUCCGAACUGAAGAACAAGUGGAGAAACUCAAGGCCAUACUCAAGCCAAUGAUGUUACGUCGACUUAAAGAAGACGUUGAAAAGAACUUGGCAGCAAAGGAAGAGACAAUUAUCGAAGUGGAGUUGACAAACAUUCAGAAGAAGUAUUACCGUGCAAUAUUGGAGAAAAACUUCUCGUACCUGUGUAAGGGUGCUAACUCUACCAACGUUCCCAGUCUGUUGAACACCAUGAUGGAGCUCAGGAAGUGCUGUAAUCAUCCAUAUCUCUUAAAUGGUGCUGAAGAGAACAUAUUGUCAGAACUGCGAGAGAAGGAGGGUCGGGAACCCGAGCAUAUCGGAGCCCUCGUCCAGGCCUCGGGAAAGUUUGUGCUACUUGACAAGUUGUUGCCCCGCCUCAAACAGGGAGGCCAUCGCAUACUGAUCUUCUCACAGAUGAUACGAGUGCUUGACAUCAUUGAAGACUACCUUAUACAUAAAAAAUACCUGUAUGAGCGUUUGGAUGGCCGUAUCCGUGGUAACCUCCGGCAGGAAGCCAUCGACAGGUACUCUAAACCAGACAGUGACAAGUUUGUGUUCCUGAUCUGCACGAAGGCAGGCGGCUUGGGCAUCAACCUCACUGCUGCAGACACGGUCAUCAUCUACGACUCAGACUGGAAUCCACAAAAUGACCUCCAGGCUCAAGCCCGAUGUCACCGUAUUGGUCAAAGCAAGAUGGUGAAGGUGUACAGGCUGAUCACACGUAACUCGUACGAACGUGAGAUGUUCAACAGGGCCAGCAUGAAACUGGGUCUUGACAAGGCCGUCCUCCAGUCCAUGGGCGGUGACAAGCUGAAUCCGCAACAGCAGCUGACUAAACGCGAGAUAGAAGAUCUGCUGCGUAAGGGCGCGUACGGGGCACUCAUGGAGGACGACAAUGCGGGUGACAAGUUCUGUGAAGAGGACAUAGAGCAGAUACUCGCAGGUCGCACCCAGGUCAUACAGAUUGAAAGCGAGGGAAAAGGAUCCACUUUCUCAAAGGCCAGUUUCUCGGCAUCGAAUAACAGAGACGACAUAGACAUCAACGACCCGGAGUUCUGGCAGAAGUGGGCCAAGAAGGCAGAUGUUGAUGUAGAUUCUCUGGAAACGAGAGAAUUGAUAGUAGACGAGCCUCGUGUGAGGAAGCGUACAACGAGAUACGGCAACAAUGACAGCAUGGCUGAGAUUUCUGACCUGGGCUCGGAUAGUGAAACAGAAAAUGAAGACGAAGACAGUAAGAAAGCAGGUGGAAGAAAGACCCGGCGAGGUCGUCGUGGGGAUGAUGAUGACACAGACUUUGAAAAAGAGAGACGCCGGGCAAAAAUAUCUGGGGGUGGUUAUGGGCGGUCUGAACUCUUCAAAGUGGAGAAGGGACUAUUGCAUUACGGAUGGGGUCGUUGGAAAGAUAUUCUUGGUCAUUCCCGAUUUAAGCGUCCAAUGGAUGAAAAAGAUGUGGAGAAUGUUGCAAAGGCUAUUCUCCUGUAUGGCUUACAGUAUUAUAAAGGCGACGAGCGCAUCAAGAAUUUCAUCUCUGAUAUGAUAUCCUCCGAAAAGGACGGGGGUCUUAAGAACCACUCUGGGUUAUCCGCCCCUGUCCCGCGGGGUCGUAAGGGCAAGAAGGCCAAAGACCAAGAGACGCACUUCGAUGCUAACGAGGAAAUUGAGAAGGCGGGAAUUAAGAUGGACCGGGACAUUGUGUUCAACAAGAACGCUUACAAGAGACAUAUCCAUAGACAUUCCAACAAGGUGUUACUGAGAGUGCGUACUUUGUACUACCUGAAACAUGAACUACUAGGAGAUGUUGUGGAUCAGAUUGACCAAGGAAUGCAUGUCAAGGACAUCAAUCUGCCGGCCCCUGUAGCGGACAAUGAGCCCCCUGCGUACUGGUGGGAUGAGCUAGCAGACAAGUCCCUGCUGGUGGGCACAUACAAGCACGGCUAUGAGAAGUACAGCCUCAUGAGGCAGGACCCCAUGCUCGUAUUCCUGGAACGCUGUGGGCCACCGGAUGGGGCCGCACUAGCUGCCGAGAUGAAAGACGAUGAUGAAGGAGACGACAUGGACGAAAACAGCAUGAUGAAGGACGAUGAUGAAGAAAAAGAUGAAGAUGACUCGAUGGCCUGUGAACGUGACACCCCUGCCACCCCGCGCCGUGGGGCCUCUUCUGCUGCGAUGGUUUCCACGGCUCCCAAACCAGAGGGCGAGGAGGGUGAUGAUGACAAGCUGCCUUUCCCGACCCCAUCUGAGAUGAACACGCGGCUGCGUAGGAUCAUCACCACGUACCAGAGGGACUUUAAGAAGCAGCAGAUCAAGCAACAACAGCAGGCCAAGAAAAUGGAGAAGCGAGAGAAACUGGAUGCAGUUUUCCGAGAAAGGGAGGCCCGCCGAAGGGAAACACAGAUGAAAUGGACCAGAAGAGAGGAGACGGACUUCUAUCGUGUUGUCUCCACGUACGGUAUUGAGUUUGACCGACACAAGGGCCGAUACAUCUGGGACAAGUUCCGUAUUAUGGCCAAACUUGAGAAGAAAACAGAUGAGCAACUGACCGAGUAUUUCAUAUCAUUCUACCACAUGUGUCUGCGAGUCUGCAGAAAGAUCAAAGAAGAAGCCUAUCCACCGACCCCAGUGUACAUCGAACAGAUCACAGAGGAACGAGCCAAUCGCUGCAUCGCAAGGAUCGAUCUGCUGAGCAAGAUCCGUGAGGAGAUCGUGGUCCACCCAAAGAUGGAGCAUCGCAUUAAGAACUGCCAGAAGUCUCUCGACCUGCCCGCCUGGUGGCUCAGUGGCAAACAUGAUCGCGAGCUGCUCAUUGGCGCUGCCAAGCAUGGUUUGGCACGUACGGAGUACUAUAUUAUGAAUGAUCCAGCAUUGUCAUUCCUGGACCAUAUCAAAGCCUACCUGAAGACUGUCUCUGCCUCACCCAUACCCUUUGGAAAAGAAGAAGAAAAGAAAGAAAACAGUGUAACUAUGGAUGAAGAAACCGAUAAAAAAGAGGAUAAAGUAAAGCAAGAGGAUGUUAAAUCUGAAAAUAAGGUUAAGGACGAAACUGAUAAGGAUGACGAAAUGAAGGCAAAAGAUGAGAUUAAAGAUGAGGAAAAUCCAAACAAACCGAUGGAAAAUGAUAAACAGAACUCAAAGGAAACAAAGGUGGAGAAAGAUAAUAUUAGCCGUAAGAAAGAAAAUGAAAGUGACAGUAAGAAUUCUGAAGGAGAAACACCUGUUAAGUCUGAAGUUAAUGAUAGUGAUGAGAAAGAAAUAAAAUCAGAUGUGAAGUUGGAAAAAACAGAAGAAAAGUGUGAUGGUGAGGACACAGAUGUUGAUGAGAAUUCUGUUGACUUUAAGAAAGAGAAAGAGGAAGUCAAAAACAAAACUGAGGAAACAAAAGAGAAGAAAAACACACCAGUCAAGCAAGAUCCUGAUUCUAAGUUAGGAGAAACAAGUGCUAAGGAUGAAGUCAAGGAUGAUCCUGACGAGGAGGUGCGUAUGACAAUGGACGGAGAGGAAUCUGAGGCAGACCUCCUGAAUAGCGUCUCCCAGACCCUGCUGGCACAAUGGCCUAAGGAUCGCAUUGUGUUUCACCGUCUGGAGCAGAUCUGCUACUGCGUGGAGACAGGCGACUGGCCGUUCCCUCCAAAGAUGAAGAAUGCCCACAUCCUGGGUAUCGACUCUUCAGGCAGUACCCCCACCCGCUCACUGACCCCAGUGACCCCUAAACUGGAGGAGGAAGGCAGACCUGGCAGCGUGGAUCGGGCAUCAGAACGCUCCCUGGACAGGCCCAAGAAAGAACGGGACUUUGAGGUGCAAAAGAAUGAGGGAGAGAAUUUGAAGAUGACAUUCCUCAAGAAAGAAAAGAACAGGAGAUCUAUGGAGUCAACUGAUGCAGAAAAAGUGGCCCGUAUCCAGGCGAUUCUGGCGCAGAGCAAGGCUGUGUCACAGGCCGCCUCCAGCGACGACAGCCAGCAGGAGAGCCUUGUAUCGUCUGCGUCUGCAUCUCAGGUAUCGUGGACCCCCUGGCUCACGUCCACUCCUACCCCCCCUCCACCACCACCAACCUUGUCUUCAGUACACGGUCUUCACUUCCCUCAGUUCCAGAACUGCAACGACUUUCUUGGUGGAGGAGACAGUCCAUUCUUGAAUGGCAGCCAUCUAACUGAGGAAGAAAUGAUGAUGAACCGACACUUGUUGGAGCAGGGCUUGCUGUACCAAAGAUCUGGUCGCCGGGGUCGCAAGCGCAAGGAGGAGAAACUUGCAGAGAUUGCCAUGGCUGAGGCCCUGGCGCGCAGACAGACUGCCCGCGCACUGGCUGGCUUUGACAGUGAUUCCCGGGUGCCAGUGAUCAACCUGGAGGACGGUUCCAGGCUGUCCGGGGAUGACGCUCCAUUGAAGCGGAACCUUGAGUCGUGGAUGGAGAAGCAUCCUGGAUACAUGGUGGACAGUCGGGGGGAGGAGCUGGAAGAAGGAGAAAUUUUAUCCUCCGAAUUCGGGGAGCGAAGGAAAGGACGCAAACCAAAGUUUGACCCUGCAUUCCUUGAAGUUGAAAAGCUUACGGGCGAGGAGAAUGUUUCUGUUAUUAACCGUCUUACUGGCAAGAAGAUAACUGGAGCUAAGGCCCCUCCACUUCGCUUCCUAGCUGAGUGGUUGGAACAGAACCCCAUGUGGGAUGUGGACCCCAAAUGGGCAGAUCUAGUCAGGGCAAAGGGCUCCCUGCCAAAGCAGCUGCUACCUCGCAUAGUGACGCCAUCCCGUCGUGGACGCAGACCCAGGGACAGCCCUCUCCCUCAUUCCAUGAUGGGCCUUUCAGACCCCCACCAGGCGGCCGCCCUAGCUGCAUCCAUGGAGGCGGCCCAGCUUGCCCAGCUCAUGGCUGCCGGCUUUGGCAAGAUGCCAAUGCCGUUUGGCUCGAUUCCUGGUCUUGGCCUCAACCCGAUGCUAGGACUUUCCCCCUUUGGUUUUGGUCUGCCUGGUGCAGGAUCGCCUGUGUCUGAAUCACCCUCUUUGUCUAAGUCUGACUUGUCGAAACAGAAAGAGUCCUCAAGGGCCUCUGGUAGCAAAGAUGACAAAGAGAAGUCGAAAGAAGAAGAUAAAAGUGCUAGCCCUCAUCCGUCAUUCCAGAUGAUGUUCAAUCCUUUGUUGUACAACCCUGCCCUCCUUGCGGCCCAUGGUCUCAACUUCCCCCUGCCAACUAGUCUAGCGGGCCUGGACCCCAGCCUUCUAAAUGGCCACAGCCCGGGAGGCAAGGAGGAAACGAGAUCCAGUGGCAGUGGCCAUCAUAGUGGCCAUAAGCCUCGCAACAAGUCUGGUCAUGGGGAUCAAAAUAUCGCCGAAGAUCUCAGCAUUAAGAGCAAAAGCAAACCUCUGAUGGAAAACACCACUGAGGCUCACAGAAGCAGUAAGCCGAAAAUCAGUAGAGACGUCAGCUUUGACAAUGACGAUAUGCCUUGUGAUCUCUCUAUGAAGCCAAAAUCGAAAGAGGACAAGUCAAAGCAAAAGAUCUGUAAUUCCGAUAAACUGAGUCGCAUUGUGGACACUCUGAAAUUCAGGGUGAAUAAAAUGGACGAAACGUCUUCCAAGGUGUCAGAUGAUGAGAUGAAAAAGAGUAGCCUUGACAUGGCUCUUAACUUGAAAAGCAAACACCAGGACUCGCAUAAAGAAAGGGAGGAAGGGAGAUCAAGCUCUUCCUCUAAGAAGGAUGUUCUGAAUUCAUCACCUCACAAAUCAUCAUCAUCAUCAUCGGGGCAUUCAAAUCAUACCUCAAAGGAGCCUGUGCCAAGAAUCGUUCAAGAGUUGCUGGCUGCAAAACAGCAGCGAGAGGAAGAAGAAAGAUUGGCAAUCGAAGAACGCUUAGCAAUCGAAGAACGAUUGGCUGCUAAGAAACAGAUGAAAUUAUUAAAGGCCUCUGCUGCAGCUUCUCUUAGUGCAAAGGAGAAAAAUGGUGAAGCAGAGGAUUCAGAGGUGUCAGAUAGGGGAGGCGUGAAGAGUUAAUAGAUUCAGAUGUGUCAUAGAGGGAACGGUCUAAGAGUUAAUGGAUACGGAGAUGUCUGAAACGGGGAGGGUCUAACAUUUAAUGGAUUCAGAUGUGUCUGAAAGGGGGGAGGGGCUAAGAGUUCAUGGAUUCAUGGGAGUCUGGGACGGGGGAGAGGCUAACAGAUAACGGUGGAUUCCGUGUGGUCAGUAUUGAGUUGAAACUGUGAACCUGUGGUUAGGUCUUGGAACUGCUUAUAUUUUGUAAAAUGUGUUCGAUUUGGACUGCUGUUGGUUGUGAAGAUUUUUGUACAUGAUAGAUAUAAAUGUGAAUAUUUAUUGGAGCAAGUUGGGCGUGAAUGAGUUGUACAUUGUGAUGUGACUUGGGUGUCAAAGGCCCUGCACACUUGGAAUGUGCAUGCAAUUUGGUCAUGUGUGCUGUUGCUGCUGAAUUCUGUGUAAAAUUGCAUUCACAAUUCCUGUGUGUGGGCCUCGACACAUUGUGGAACAUUUGGUUGUAUGUAACCUGUGUUGUAUGCAUGUUCACUGUAGAUCUGUUUCUUUUUUGUCCGUCAUUACCACAGAAAUACACUUGUAAAUACAGGAGUGCAGUACUGGUCAGUUUCAUUAUGAUAUUAUUCUCUGUUGUUAUCAGAGUGCUUGCACUGAUCAUCAGGUUUUAAAUUAUUUUUUUUUGGUUUAGGUUGCCCUAGUCAGCUUGUCAUGAAGAAUCAUCAGCUUUCUUAAACAAACGUGAAUCUUUAUUCAUUAAACCUAAUUGAGCAUGAAUGCAUUUUAUUUAUAAUGAGACGUUCAGUAUUAAUGAUUUUAUUUGCAGAAAUAAAUUGUUCAGUUUUUGUAUAUCAGUUGAAAGUAUGCCUUGAAAUUCAAUAAAACAUUUGCAUGCAAGAGUAGGUAUAUUUUUCUUGUUUGUGAAUACUAAAGAACUAGCUGAUGAUAAUAUCACUGUCAAGAUAUUUUCCAAAGAAUAUACUCCAGUUAUUAUUACCAAAUAACCUAUUCACCUUAAAAUCAUGGAAAAAAACUUGAUACAUUCGUUCAGUGUUUUUAGUAUUUUUAUUUAUUUGCUUGAUUAAUUAAAUUUUGAAGAUGUGGUUCUGUACUUGAAAAGCCCAAUAAAUUCCAGAUGAAAGACAACAAAAUGUUUAAAUUGUAUGAAACUUGCUGCUCAGGGAAGUUAAUAGUAUAUGUAGCAUGUAUUUAUGAUGUUGUGAUGAACAUUGUAAAAUAAAUGUAUUUUCUUAGAAGCCAAAUAUAUUAUUCUUUUAAAAAUCUUACGUAAAAGUUUUUGUUUUUAAAUUAUUUUCAAUGAGAUAACAAAUCAAUUACACGAUUUAAUUUUUAAUUUCUUUGAUAAAAUUGUACAUUUUUGACAAGUGAUUUUCUUAGGAAAACAAGGCGAAUAAAAAAAGUAGUAAGAUUUAAUGAGAUGUAGUAGUACUUACUUUUCAUUUAUUUGAGUAUUUUUGCUUUUUCUAUGAACAUUUUUUUUCACAGUGUUUGUAGAAAUAAAUGAACAUAAUUUAAAUAAUAAAAUAGAAAUGUGAUA